UCGGUGAACGGGCUCAGAUCGGAUCUGAAGAAGAGGAACGGAGUGGCGGCGCUCAAGAUUCAGCUGGACACGAAAGUGGUUGUGAAGGUGGGCAAGCUGAAGACGAAGAAAGUUGGGAUUCGGGUCACCUGUGAGGACAUUAAAGGGGUGGUACCGAAAGGUAAGGCUCCUCCCUCUGUUGUUGUAACUGCUGGGUCCAAGUUUAAGGUGGACUUGAGAAUCAAGAUCUGGAAGGUCACUUUCUGA